CCCAGACCAUGUCCAGGUCCCGAUCCAGGCGAGCCAGAGCCAUUGAACCCCACGACUGCAAACUUCCGUGGCGAUCCAGGUGAGGGCGUCAUAGAAUGGGAAUGUGGUGAAGGCGAGGAGCUCCCCCCGAGUCUCGAUUCGCUUCUGUCCGAUGUCGAUGGGGGAUACUUGAUAGGUAUAGGCCUCGUCGUGUUCGUAUUUCCAUUGACGUUAGCGUUCUGCCCGCCCCUGCCGCCAUGCAUAGGCAACAACGCGUCCAAGAAAUCAUCCGGCCAUUUGCCCUUACCCAGAUUAAUCCUCUCGAUCCUCUCCCUCUCCAACACCUCCGCCUUCGCGCUCGCCGUCGUAGUCGUGGCGGCGGUCGUAUUAACCCUCGCCAACUUCUCCCUCUCCCGACGACCGUCCCUCCUGGCCGCCGCGAAAUCCUCAGCCUCCUCCGCUACCCUCGACAGAUCAACCACCGCCCCCUCGCUCGGCCUCCUUUCUCUCCUCGACGUCGGUACCGGAAUGUUGGGAAUGCUGGGAAUGCUCGCGAUCGGCGAGGGAUUGGACGUGGAGUUAGACGUGGAGUUCUUCCUCCCCAGCUGCAGAUCAUCCGCAAGCAUACUUCCCUCCGUCCUCGACAGCGAAGGCCACUCCGACGGCACAAACGACGUCGCCUCCGUCGUCACCGUCCUAAUCGUCCCAUAUCUACCCCCAUUCCCAUUCCCACUAUCCCUCUCCCUCUCCCUCCCAUACGCAUGAUGGCAGAGCACAUAACCAUCCCUCAACGCCUCCGCGAAUAAC